GGGAACUAUUAGACAAAUGAACAACUUGUCUUAUUUAUUAGCAUUAUUUUUUUUCUUUUGCAGGCACAUAUUAAAUUUCCUAUUGACUACCCAUAUUCACCACCUACCUUCAGAUUCUUGACCAAAAUGUGGCACCCCAACAUUUAUGAGAAUGGAGAUGUAUGCAUUUCAAUUCUUCAUCCGCCUGUAGAUGACCCACAAAGUGGAGAACUGCCCUCUGAAAGGUGGAAUCCCACUCAGAAUGUGAGGACUAUCCUGUUAAGUGUAAUCUCACUGCUUAAUGAGCCCAACACCUUUUCUCCAGCCAACGUGGAUGCUUCAGUGAUGUUCAGGAAAUGGAGGGACAGUAAAGGAAAAGACAAGGAGUACGCUGAGAUCAUCAGGAAACAGGUCUCGGCCACUAAGGCUGAAGCAGAAAAGGAUGGAGUGAAGGUCCCCACAACCCUGGCAGAAUACUGCAUCAAAACUAAAGUGCCUUCCAAUGACAACAGCUCAGAUCUGCUGUAUGACGACUUGUAUGACGACGACAUUGAUGAUGAAGACGAGGAGGAAGAGGACGCCGACUGUUACGAUGAUGAUGAUUCUGGGAACGAGGAGUCGUGACAUGUUCCUUCAGUGCCCCUGUACUGCCCUGACGUCUCAGGCCAAAGGGAGGGGAGCAAGUGGGGAUCUAUGGUGGCCCCUCAGCAAAAACUUACUCAUGGGGUGGGGAAACACACAGCUCCUGCUGACUCCCCGCGGAUCUCAGUUUGCUCCUUUUUAUGGACCUUUACUGGAGAGAAAGUACCCUCCACAGAAUGUCUGAAUUCUUGCAUUCUUUACCCUUCCAUCACUGUAUUGAUUCUUUUUAAAGAAAAAAAAAAGCCACCACCCUUCAAACUCCCACCUCACUUCAUCUCUGCAGAAUGUUCACAGCAAAACACGUUUGUCUGUUUUUAGAUUCUUGAAGAAUUAGUCUGUUUAAGACAUUAUGUGUUUAAAGCUGGGAACUCACUGGGAGUCCACAAGUGCUGCAUAUAUUGGGUAGCAAAAGAAAAUGGGGGAAAAAAAACACAAAACCAAAAAAAAAAAAAUAAACAAAACCCACAAAACAAACUUUAAAAAAAAAAAAAAGCCAAUUUGCCAAGCAAGGUUUAGCUGCUCCUUUCCAUUAGUGCGUGUGCAUUUGUUCAGCCCGUGGUGGUGAAUUUUGUUUCUUUCCCUUCCUAAGGCUGGGAUGCAGUGGGCAUCAGGGACUUACUCUUGCUAAUCCUGAUGAAGUGUGCUGCUUCUGCCUCUAUGACAUCACCCCAACAUGGAGGCUACAGCUACUCUGAGAGAAAUCAGAUUUUGUUUUUUUGGAAUUGAUUGGGAUCUAAAGCCUGAAAUAAAUAUUCAUACUUUACAUAGAA